AUGAAAGCUCCAAAAAGUGGCUGGGCAACUGGCAACAACGGGGAUCUCUCCUGCUUACACUUCUUGCCAGACGGGGCGACAGGGCCUCGUGUUCGAGCUAGCGGGGAAGAAUGGACGUCGCUUCAGUGGACUGGGCAGGGCCACCUUUUGACCUGCAAAGAUUGCCAUUCGCCCCACUCCGUCCCGUUCCUGGACCGGGAAGGCGCCUCUUACGAGAGAGCGUUCUACCUUCCCAGUGGUCCCCUCGACCCUUCUCCUUCCAGCUGUGUGCUUCCUUCCUUGCUGUGCUACCCGCCUUGCCCGCUUGCCCGCCCCUUCCUGGCACUUGGCCUCAGAGUGUCCCAGAGUGGGCUCCUUUUCUCCCUUUUCCACAGCAACGCUGCUCCAACGUUCCCCCCGUUCAGCUUCAGCUUGUCGUCGGACAGCAACCGUUCACUGUCACUCGCUCCCAACCACCAGCCCGUUCAUCAGAAUCAGGUUCCUGUUCAGUCAUUCGUUGUCGCACCCUCGCUCCGUUCCAUCUUCACAGUUAGAAAAAAAAAACCUCUCUCCGUCGCUCUUGAACUCGGACUCCUGAUUAUUGCCAUCUCCCGUCACGGACCCCCGACGCCUCGUCUCCACGAUCAGCCCGCCCGCCCUCCAUCCGAGCUUCGCCGGACCUCUCGCUCACUCUUGACGAAACGCCAUCCACAUCACGUUGAAUCCGUCGCUUGGCCUCGACUCUGUCCAUCGCUCGAGUACCCUUUCGCCAUUACCCCUGUCGAGAACUUCAAACGACCCUCGACGGAAACUUGA